AUGUACACCUACAAGUACAUCUCCAUGUACACCUACAAGUACAUCUCCAUGUACACCUACAAGUACAUCUCCAUGUACACCUACAAGUACAUCUCCAUGUACACCUACAAGUACAUCUCAAUGUACACCUACAAAUACAUCUCCAUGUACAUCUACAAGUACAUAUCCAUGUACACCUACAAGUACAUCUUCAAAUACACCUACAAGUACAUCUCCAAGUGCACCUACAAGUACACCUACAAGUACAUCUUCAAGUACACCUACAAGUACGUCUACAAGUACACCUACAACUACCACAACUACUGCAGCUACCACAGCUACCACGUCUACCACGUCUACCACAGCUACCACAUCUACCACAGCUACCAUAUCUACCACAGCUACCAUGUCUACCACAGCUACCAUGUCUACCACAGCUAUUGCAGCUACCAUGUCUACCACAGCUACCAUGUCUACCACAGCUUUUGCAGCUACCACAGCUACCAUGUCUACCACAGCUACCAUGUCUACCACAGCUACCAUGUCUACCACAGCUACCAUGUCCAACACAGCUACCACGGCUACCACAGCUACCAUGUCUACCACAGCUACCACAGCUGCCAUGUCUACCACAGCUAUUGCAGCUACCAUAUCUACCACAGCUACCAUGUCUACCACAGCUACCAUAUCUACCACAGCUACCAUGUCUACCACAGCUACCAUAUCUACCACAGCUACCAUGUCUACCACAGCUAUUGCAGCUACCACAGCCACUACAGCUACCAUGUCUACCACAGCUAUUGCAGCUACCAUGUCUACCACAGCUACCAUAUCUACCACAGCUACCAUGUCUACCACAGUUACCACAGCUACCAUGUCUACCACAGAUACCACAGCUACCAUGUCUACCACAGCUACCAUGUCUACCACAGCUACCACAGCUACCACAGCUACCAUGUCUACCACAGCUACCAUGUCUACCACAGCUACCACAGCUACCACAGUUACCAUGUCUACCACAGCUACCAUGUCUACCACAGCUACCAUGUCUACCACAGCUACCAUGUCUACCACAGCUACCAUGUCUACCACAGCUACCACAGCUACCACAACUCAUGA